AUGUCGAACUUUUGGAGACUGACACCCGUUGCAGCACCUCUGAUUGAGUCCGUUGAGUAUCAUGAUGUAAAGUUCAACGGGACCCUGUUCAACCCUUCCGUGUACAUGGGCAAGCCGUCUCUAGAUCUCGAUGCUGCCUGGGACGCAAUAGUCCAUCGCUCGAGGCCGACAAGAAUCACCAGUGAAAUGUUGAAGAAACUUCACAAAGAAGAGCGUCCAUCGCUGAUCAAAUUCAUGGACGUGGACGGUGGAGGCUAUAUGGGCACGCUUGACUUCACUCAUCAGCUUCAUUGUUUGAAUGUCUUACGCAAGCAUACCUACUACGAGUAUUACAAGGAUACCGAAUCGGCAAUCCUAGAGGGGCCUCAGGCUUAUCGAACCCAUUUAGACCAUUGCGUGGAUAUGUUACGGCAGCAUAUCUUGUGCAAUGCAGAUGUAGGGCUGGUGACUAAUGAUUGGGUCAAAGGACACAAGACACCGUAUCCGGAUUUCUCAAAUUGGCACAGGUGCAGGGAUGUUGAAAAGAUCUGGGAGUGGAACGAGAAGUAUGCGGUGCAUAUUCCAUGGGAACGGCUCACUAGAUUCGGAGACGAAGUGGACUUAGAACAACCUGACGGUGCAAUUGUCUCAUAG